CUCGACUUGGACGGUAGUUGAUGAUGAGUUAAAACAUAAUUCUAAUUACUCAUUUGUAAUUGAACGACAUUCGAGCUAGUAACGUUGUGCUUAAAAGUGUGGGACAUAUUAUUCAGAGUGAUUAUCUAAGUGGAAUUGCAGCUAAAAGUAACAUAAUUAAUAGUGUUUGUGCAGAAGGUGUUGGCUAAUAGUGAAUCAGAAUUAUCGAUUUGUUGUGGGAUAUUUUGUUCCAUGGUGCUAUGUGGCAUGUUGUCAAAUACAGUGAGAAAAAUGCAUUAAACUAGUUUAUUUAUUUAUGUGCGUUGAAUAUCUGAAUAGUAAGCCUCAUUAGUAUUCCACUGGACGAUAGUCACCUAACGAGCAAUGCCAAGUACGCUACUUUUUGCAAACAGUAAUGAAGGUCGGGUGUAUGCCCUGUCUACUGCAGGGUCUGCGUGGCGAGAAUUCCUCUAUCUCGGAUUGGAAUUUAAGCGCAUUUCUGUGGUUCCGCACUUUAUGUGGGCUAUUGGUGGCGAUAGACAAGUAUACGUCCACGUUCACGGUCUGGACAUUCCGAUCCGGAUUAAGGAGGAAGCCUAUGAAAAUGAACGAUGGCUACCCAUCGAGGGAUUCUCCAGUCGCUUGCUACCGACAGAUCGGUAUCAUUUUUCCAGUGUUGAUGGGACAGUCGAUAGGAAUAUCGACAAGAUACGAUUGCCUUCCAUGGCAUGGCAAUGGGAGGGCGAAUGGCAGCUAGAUCUCACCCUGGACGGACAACCCCUUGACCACGAUGGCUGGACUUACGCAGUAGACUUCCCAGCAACCUAUCAUCCCCAGAAAAACUGGAAGUCUUGUGUUCGACGGCGGAAAUGGGUUCGUUUUCGUAGAUAUUGCGCACUGAAUUCUUGGUGUGCAGUGGCCCCUCUACACAAGGAUCCCACGCAGGAACCUUUUAUUGACGUAGCCAUAAAUGGAAGUAACGUUCCUGGAGCCCCUCCAGGUAUAUUGCUUGUAUGGGCAGUGACUGCUCAUGGUCGAAUAAUGUUUCGGUCAGGAGUGAGUACCACUUCACCGGAAGGUCUUAGGUGGACUUCAGUAACCACUCCAUCAGGAUGUGAGGUGUCGCAAAUCGCAGUUGGCCCCACAGGGUUAGUUUGGGCCUGUCUCUACAACGGAAGAGCCAUUGUCCGUACUGGAGUAACUAGAGAUACGCUGAUGGGUACCACUUGGUUGGAAGUGAAACCACCUGGACCCAAUCUCAAAAUAACCCAGGUUUCCGUUGGAACCAACUCAGUGUGGUGUGUUACCAACGAUAAUCACGUUUGGUUCCGUAGAGGUGUUCACGGAGAGGCAUCCGGGAUCAGCGAAGAUGCGGCCAUAGGUAGUGGAUGGGUAGAAAUGGUAGGAAAUAUUUCCUACAUCUCAGUUGCUCCAAAUGACCAAGUGUUCGCCGUAGGAUCGGAAGACCGUGCACUGUAUUUCAGAUCUGGUGUUUCCAGUUCAGAUCCAACGGGUAAAAAAUGGCGAUUGAUUCAGUUGCCACUUCAAAUGAGUCGAACUUCCAGUAAUUUUUCACUGUCAAGCAGACGUAGUGGAAGCGAGUCACCUUCCACUAAACAUAGAAGCCUGAACAGUCUCUACAAAGAAAGACUGCAGCAAGAGAAUGCUUCACUGAACGGGAACAACGAAGAAACCUCUCGAUCAGCUCCAACCGCCAAUCCAAAGCAGCGGCCAGAACUGUGGCAUAAGCCGGAGAUUUCGCCGGAUGCCCUCAAUACCAAGUUAGAGGUUGCGCAGCCAGGAAGUCUUGUUGAGAAGAAAGUCACUCGAAAUUUGUCAAAUGAAACCGUAGUUGCAUCGAGCGCUCCACUGAAUGAAAUUUAUGAAAUCUCCGGCAAACAGCUUAAGAAUUCGAGAGCAUGGAGUCCGGUACGCAGCGUCGGCUCUGUUGUUGGUACAGAAGCACAUCCGGAGACGGAUUCCAGUGUUUUCGAAGGGGAGAGCUCUCGAGAUUCUGGAGUCUUUGGCGAAUACGAGGAUCACGGUGGGUCGCAAAACUGGGCAGACUACGAAGUUCUUUGGAUUGGAUGCGCUGCCGGAGCAGUCAGUGUGGAUCCUAACCAACUGCCGAAUUGGUUUAACGAUAGCAGUGGGGCUGCGAACCAAGAAGAACUGACCCAGCCCUGGCGUAUCAAGAUAUUGGACGACCUAAAGCAACGACCGCCAGGCCCACUUCAUGAUAGUGAUUUUGCCUUGUAUGAAAAGGCUAUCGAAAUGUCUUCCUGGGUGAAAUCAGGGGAAGCUCGUGUUGCCAAAGCCGGUUAUGCCUUCGAGGAUUGCCUGAUUGAGUUGGAGUGGGUUAACAAUCAAGGCACGGGACCGGACUCCGGAACUUUGACAGUGCUCAACUCUGAUGGAAUAACUACCAAGAUGCAAUUCUCACUGUCGGAAAUCACAUGUGUGAUGUGUUGCAGUGAGCCUGGAUCUCCUAGACUUGCCAUUCACGCGCCACGGCUUCCACCCGGGUCCUCAUUGAUCAAAAUCCAGUUCUGUGGAGAUACCGAUCUGGAAGAUUGGAUCUCCCACUUGACUUCGGUUUGCUGCCAAAUCAAUGAAGUUCACGGGAAACCUUCGACGCGAUCAAUGUGGAUAACUUCCAAUAUGGGUGAUGUCUUUGUGUUUGAUCCGACAAAUCUGGAAGCUUUACAAUGGCGCCCGGAGGAUAAAGUUUUUCAACAGAAAAUCGAUGUUUCAGCUGCCGAAACUCCGUACUUGACUUCGUUAUAUAAUGGCAUGAUCAUUGGUUCUCGACUGGAGAUAUCUGGAUUUGUGUACGAUGACGCCGAUCAUAUUCGAUUCGACCUGCAGAGCUAUCCAACGGUUAGGGUUCGUCAUAAGAUGGAGUCCCAGCGGAAUAUCCCGUUGCACAUCAAUCCACGCUUCAACGAAAAGAUCACAGUAUUUAAUUCGAUGGAGGCUUCUCACUGGAAUGAGGAUGAAAAGCGAGACAAUCAGAUGUUGUUCACACCAGGCGGAGAGUUCAAACUUGAAAUAAGGAGUGAGCGCGAUGGAUUCCACAUCUCUGUCAAUGGAAAGAAUUAUCCCAAGUUUAAAUAUCAGAGAGGGCUAGCGCCAGAUACCAUCUACAGUUUGUACAGUAGUGGCCGAGUAAAAAUUUUCACUGUUGUUUAUGAGAGUCCAAAGUUGAUAAUUCCUCUCAGAGACAUAUUCUGGCGUCAGAUCGGUGGACAUCUUCGUCGUGUGCAGUCUUGCAAAGCAGGGGUUGUAUGGGGCCUUGGUUACGAUAACACUGCGUGGGUAUAUACAGGUGGUUGGGGAGGAGCCUUCCUCAAAGGACUGGAGACAAGCAAUCAGGGUAUUAACACAAUGACUGAUACACAUAACUACCACAUCUAUGAGAACCAACGCUGGAACCCGCUAUCCGGUUUCUCUACGACGGGUCUUCCCACCGAUCGUCACAUGUGGAGCGAUGUUACAGGAAAGCACAAACGCAGCAAGGAGCACACCAAAUUGCUUUCGAUGCACUGGCAGUGGAUAAGUGACUGGUUAGUGGACUUCCACAAUCCCGGAGGAGUGGACCGGGAUGGAUGGCAGUACGCAGUGGAUUUUCCAGCAACAUACCAUGCUAAGAAACAGUUCACUGAUUAUGUUCGUCGACGGCGUUGGUAUCGCAAAUGUAGAUUGACCACUACGGGUCCAUGGUUAGAAGUCGGUAACUCGAAAAUCGUUGAUGUUUCGCUGCAGGCUAACAGCGAAGAAGUUGACUGUAGCGUCGCCGUUUGGGCGGUGGCCGCAAAUGGAGAUGUUCUUUAUAGAAGAGGCGUUAGCCUUUCACAGCCAGCAGGAUCUGGUUGGGAGCACGUGGCAUGUGAUCAACCGUUAGUCAGUAUUAGUUGUUAUGAGAACAAAGUCUGGGCCAUCGGGAAGAAUGGAUCCGCCUAUUGGCGAUGUGGAAUCUCAGUUGAAAAUCCGUUAGGAUCAAAGUGGCAACCGGUGGAACCUCCCGGAGGGGUAACUUUCAAGCAAAUCUCCGUUGGAAAAUCAGGAAUCUGGACCGUAGAUACAACGGGUCGUUUAUCGGUGAGGAAGGAAGUCACGACAACGUUCCCGGAAGGUAGUCACUGGCAGUUGUUGAGUAAUAUACAAAACGAUCCUCCGCAUUAUGAAGGAAAUUGUGGGUUCAAAAAUGUUUCCGCAGGAGAACAUGUAAUGGCUGUAUCCCAGUCGGGAUACAUCUGCAAGCGCAGCGGUAUCAGUCCAGAGAAUCCUGCCGGUACUGGAUGGACCCUCGGCAUACAAGGUAACUGGCACUACGUCAGUGUAAAUGGGUUCUAAAUUGCAUUACCACCUAUCACUCGGAAGUGGCCAUCCGACAUAUUCAUCUAACUACAAUAAGCUGCAACUUUACAAUAAAUUCAUAACCUUAUUCAUAUUUUAAACACUUGAUUGUAAAAGUUCUGUAUGUCUAGGAAAUCUAAGCUUGAAUAAAACCACGAGGCUCAUGCGCGCAUA